AUUAAGCUGCAAAAUUAUCUCAGCGAAUUAUUAAAACCAUGAAGGAUUGUUUCCCCUUGGAAUAAUCUUUAGUGUUGGAAGUUUAAACUUCCUUGACAAAUAUGUAAACAAAAGUACAAAGAACAUGGGAAAUGGUCAGGCCAUCCUAACAGAAAAAGAAAUUCAAGAAAUAAGAGAUGAAACACCAUUUACUGAUGCUGAAGUGAAAUCAUUGCUAAACAGAUAUGACGAGGUGGACAUCUCAGAAAACAACUCAAAAGGACUCAGCUAUGAUGACGUUCUAUAUAUGCCAGAAUUUAUAGGAAGUGUGUUCGCCCCACUUGUUAUAGCAGCUAAUGUGGAUACCAAAACAAAACGUAUCUAUGCCAGACAGUUUAUAAAAAUAUGUUCCACAUUAAGUACACAGAUCAAGGCUGAAGAGAAAAAAAAAUAUUUGUUUGAGUUAUUGAACAUCUAUGGAACAGGACUAUUGACACAUGAUGAGAUAUAUAGAAUGUAUAAACUACUAUUCUCUCACACGAUAUCUGAUGAUCAUAUCUUAGCAUUGACAUUUAAAGCUCUCAACCAUCCAACACUACAAAACAAGGGACAACUUACUAAGUCAGAAUUUUUAAAGAUGAUUCCUGACCAUGAAAUAAUGAACAGAAUGACAAUUAACUUCAGGUUAUAAGGAAAAUGUGGCUGUAUACCCAUAGAAUGAGUGAAAUCAUAAAUGAAUGGGUUUUUACAGUUAUUCAACAGCAUCAUAAGCUGUGAAUGUGAUGGAAGUGUAGAUAAAUAUCAAUUUCACUGAAUGAAUUACAUCAUAGAAAGAAUAUUGUGUGUGACCUGAUAAAAACUCUGAGGAAAUGUCAAAUUGUUAUUUAGAAAGAUUGUUAUAAACAUAAAAUAAAUGACAUGUAAUGUUUUGAAAAUUAUAUAUAAA